GCGUGAUGUAUCACUACAGCGGGCAUCACGCCUAUCCCAUCCGAGGCGGGUGAGACACCUCAUAUUUCACCUCAGACGUGAUUCAGUUCGACCAUAUGGGUGCUUUUCCCUGAUUGUCCUCCAGCUGAGUUUUGGCAGGACAGAGUCCUUGUGUCAUAUUUCUCCUCCUUCCCCAUCCUUCCCUCCCUCGGUCGCUCACGGCUCUCCGCCCAUCGGAGUACUGGCAGUGUGUGGCGCACGGCGCGCAGCGUGGACUUGGAGAUGUCUUGGCAUUAUUACGCACGACGACACAAUAAACGCGAGAGCCUCCUUUAGAAGGACGAGGCGCUCUGAGGCUGAACGGGACUGACUGCAAACUUCAGAUCCGAUAGGCUCUUCCUUCGCAGCCUCUUCAAGACGUUUUCCUGAUCUUUUCCCAGUCGGUGGAUGAGACUCAGACUUCCUCUUCGCGGCGGCAGCAGCGGGUCUGGAUGACUUCUCCUCCUCUCGUCCUCCUCGGGUCACGGUGACUAUAGAGGAAUGGGAACGAUAUAAACAGCUCGGGGAGGAAACAAACUCUACAAACAGUCAGGCUAAACAGCGAACCCCAGAUAGGGAGGAUGAUCCCGCCGGCCAACAUGAUUCAGGACGAAAGUGGGGGCAAAGAGGACGAACGGGACCAGAAUGAGACACCCAAAUCCCCGACGGCAAACGCCAGCCAGCAGGAAACCAAGAAUACUGUGAGGCCCGAACAUCACAAGCGCAAGCUGCAGAGGCUCAAGCGCUCGCUGUCCUUCAAGACCAAGAGCAUCCGCAGCAAGAGCGCCGACAACUUCUUCCGAAACAGCAGCGACAACAAGACGGAGCUGCUGUCCGACGUGAGCAGCAGCACGGGCCAUCUCUGCAACAUCGGGAUGGCCCCGCCGCACACCACCAACCUGCCCAUCCCUCCGGUCCCUCCGGCCAUCCCCUGCGCCCCUCCUCCCACGUCGCGCUCCCAGUCGCGCAACCCGCUGCAGGUGGACUCGGCGGGGCACUGCUUCAUGGAGCACAUCUUCAAGAAGCCCACGUUCUGUGACGUCUGCAACCACAUGAUCGUAGGUACAACAGCCAAGCAUGUGGUGUUCCUGGCGGGGAACACGGCGAAGCACGGCCUCCGCUGCAAAGCCUGCAAGAUGAGCCUCCACCACAAGUGUGAGAACGGAGUGGGGCAGCAGCGCUGCAUGGGCAAGCUGCCAAAAGGCUUUCGGCGGUACUACAGCUCCCCGUUACUGAUCCAGGAACAGUACGGCUGCAUUAAGGAAGUCAUGCCGAUCGCCUGUGGCAACAAGGUGGACCCUGUGUACGAGGCCUUGAGGUUCGGGACAUCGCUGGCACAGAAGGCCAAGAGGGCCAGCGGCUCUGAGUCUCCACACAGAAACUCGACCAACGACUUGGAUAAAGUUCCGGAGGAAGUGGUGGCUCACAGCAGCAGGCAGGAGCUGUCGAGAAAACACAGCGAUGAUGUUUUCACAGUCAUCGAGAACGGGACGGAGCAUUACCAUCAGCCAGAGAGUAAACCUGAGGAUUUGCCGCUGGAGCCGAGCCAGCUGCAGAAAGACGUCCUCAAGCUGAACACCUACGUGGCCUUGCACAGCUACACUCCCCAAGACAGCACCGACCUGGAGAUGAGAGCGGGAGACAGAAUCUUAUUGGCCGACGACUCCAACGACGACUGGUGGAAGGGGGUAAUUGAGGACAGGAUCGGUUUCUUCCCAGCAGCCUUUGCUCACCUGGUGCGAGCAGGGGAUCAAGUGUUCAAGUGUAACAGGACGUUCAUCGGCUGUAAGGAGCAAGGCCAGAUCACCCUGAAGGAGGGGCAGAUUUGCGUGAGCAGCGAGGGGGAACGCAGCGGCUUUAUCAGAGUGGCGAGUGGAAAGAAGAGAGGCUUUGUGCCGUGCGACGUCCUGGAAAUCAUCUGAGACGCAAACUCUCGGAGAAAUGAAGAGAGCGGGAGAGGAGGUGAGAGAAAGAAGGAGGGAAGGGAGGAUCCGCCGCCUGGAGGUCAGAGGAGGAGGAAACCGAACUGACAGCAUGGCCAGAAGGAAAGCACUGAGGGAGUUCGCCCCAUCAGAGAGUUGGAGUUUGGAUGUGAAGGUGAUGCUGGUUUUGUCAAUGAGGACUGUGUCGCCUUCCUCACUCCCUGUCCACUCAGAGAUGCUGACACACAGAGGCAGGAGAGCUCUCUUUCACUGGAUUUUAUUUAAUUUAUGGAGCUGAUGUGUGUGGGGUUUUUUUUUCUUUUCUCCUCCGUAGACUUUAUUACACCACGAGCUGUUUAUUUUCUGAACGUGGAACUGCCGGCUGGCUGUUUAAGCCAAAGAAAACGAAACAAACACUCAAUACAGUGAUUAUUUUUCAAGGUUUCAGUACGUACAAUGGCAUUCCUCCUCCUACAGAUAGUUUAGUUUCUCAUGCUUUUACAUUACGUUCAAAGCAAAAGGUUUUUAAGCUUUUAAUACAAAGUAGUCCGCGAUAGGCUCUGAAAUAUCAGAUUGUUUUGGACGACAAAGCGACGAUGAUGUCAGAAGGUGAUGGAAAAACUUUCUUCGAAGCCUCCAGAUCUCCCUUAAGUAUAUUGAGCAGUCACUUCCUGUGUAUCCUCUGCGGUACUCGUACAAUCCCAUGACAGAACUACGCAACAGGUGAGAAACAAGCAGUGCACAUCCGAUGCAUUAAAGUGAUGUGGGCGAGUGUUUUUUUAGAGAAGCCCAACAGAUUCCUCAGAAAGACUAAAGAAAUUCUCAGUGGUCCCUCAGAUAUAUCGCCCUCACACUCCCCAGGUUUCUUAUUCAUUUGCUACCCACGAUUUAACUCAAUGGUGAUUAUUAUACCAUCAUUAGCAUCAAACGCUAUUCCAACCUGUGUUACAGUGGAUACAGAACUGUGCAAACUCCUUGCUGCAAAAUCCUUUUUUAUUUCUCUUAUAAGGCUUUUUUUUUUUCUUCUUUUGGUUGAUUUAUGAACCGAUUCUCUCUCUUUGGUUGUUUUUGUGUUUGUUUUUUUCAAAGAUUUUACAACUUCGUUUACUGUCAAACGGACGUGAAUCAGGAGGCACAACUCCGACAGAAUCAGCGUGGAAAUAGUUUUGUGAACGGAGCUCAUGUGCUCUGCUGGGAAUGUGAACGGAGUGGAACAUGUAAGAAAAUGAUAGUCGUCUGGUUUAAAGGUGAUCCCUCUCGUGGGUUCUGAGCAGCACUUCUCGUACGGAUUCUGCGUACGGAGUGCUUUUUACGGAAAGGGUCUUGCAUCGUAGUAGAUAUAGUAUAUCUCCAAAGGUUUGUUCUGCACUGAAACUUGGCUUUGUCGAAUGUCCAAGAAUUCUAUUAUUGUACAUACUGUACAUACAAGAUUAAAGUUCCUUCUUUAUCACAACAAACAAAAGCACGUCAUGUCUCCUUUUAUUGUGGUUUAAUUGUAUGGAAACACAAGUGUUAAUGUUUCAUCCUUCGCCUGACGUCUUCCAUCUGUCAGAAUGAUUCCUGAGCUUCUAUCAUGGUUCUCUUCCCUCUCGUUUUUAUUA